AGUGAGACAGGAGUCACGCUGUUGUAUUAGUGCAAUAUAUAGGUAAGUGAUCGCAUUAUCAUGUAUGAUCAACGUCAUAUGUCAAUCAUGACCAAUGUGAUCGCAACAGGACCUUUUUUUCGGCUCGUACUUCACAAAAAGCUGGACAGCGUUGCUGUAUCAAGCCAGAAACUCAGCAAGAACUUACUUAGAGACAGCUAGUUUCUCGUGCACCACCAAGCAAUCUUGGUAGGACACCAACCGACAGAACUCCAAAAUCAUGGCGAAGUUCGCGAAGAUCGGAGCGGCCACCACUCUGGUUCCCCUGGUGGGACUGGGGGGGGGGGUGCUCGGAAAGAAGGUCAAGCAACAAGAGCGUGCUACUCAUGCGUGGGUGGGCAGCGAAACUAAACCGAGUAUACGCUUUUUUUGUAUAUAAAACUGGGAAGAUAAGCAUAAGUAAGAUACUGAUACUAGAUUUCUCCAGGAGAACGACAAGAAGCGGGAUUGUCGAAUUUUGGACCGACAAUUUUGCUUCUGUUUGAUAUUGUUCUUGAAGUUCAUGCAAGGAUUUAAAUUUUUCUUUUUUUCGUCACAAGGAAGGAGCAUUACAAAAAACGCGGACAGGUGGAUUCACGGAGGCCGGCCAGAAUUCGAUGAAGGUGGGCGGUCUCGUCUGGACCGGGCCGGAGAACGGCUUCGUUGGUUACGACUCGGGUGAUUCUUGGGACGUGUGCACCUUGUCCCACGACGAUAUGCGCCAGCGAUACUGUGACGACUUGCGGCCACACGCCAAACAGUGUGUGCAGGUUGCGUUGCGUAAUUGCUGGGCCGAUACGAAUAUCUGCAAAUCUGCUUGGGGGGCAAAAAACUGCGAAGUGUUCAAGCCUUCACUUGUGAACUCGGUGGUCAAAAAACCAUGAGUGUUGUUUGUUUUCAAUCGUCCUUGCUUCCUGGAAGUAUUUUUAGCUCUUUUAGUUCACUUUUCAACUUCUCAGACCACUUCUUGCGUGACCGACGCUUUUCGUAGAAUACACUUUCAAUCGUACCUUUUGAUGAUUCAAGUAAGUACACCCAUGAAUCACGACACUCGCAAGCGCACCUGAUUGACAGUAGAGAAUCUCGUAAGAACCUUGUAUGCAACUUAGAGUGAGUACUUCUCUCAUUACUUACAACACGAAAAGCUCGGAAUGAAAUCUUUAGGCAGUGGCUUUCAUAUUAUAUACUUUUUCAUUUUGUUGUUGUUCAUAUUUUGAUUUCCACCUUUUGUUUAUUUUUCAAAACAAAUUUUUACGCAUACAUUUAGGACGUGCAAAACUCUUCUAUUUCGUUCGCUUCGCUGCAGUGCAAGAUUUAAUUUCCCCUCUGGGAUUUUGCUUUUCAACAUAUUUUUUUUUUCUUCAUCAUCAUAUUCAUAAGCAAUCGCGUCUCGUGUUCAUCUCACCGUUCAAAGAAACCAAAUGCAUCGUGCCCUUAUUAUUUCACGAAAAAGAUGUAACACACAAGAAUGUGCCUUCAAUCUACCCGUUUCGUAUUAUAUGCCAAGCCUAUUUUACCUGAAGUUUUGUACAUUGGAUUAUUAUGAAAGGCACCUUCAAGCAGUGUCGCUGUCGCAUCCCGACAGAGCUCCUCGAGGAUCGUCCCCCCCUCGUCCAAGGCGCUUAGUCCCCUAAGUAUCGUAGUUUUCCGUUUGGAUUCACCGAGGAACAACAUGAGUUUUGGCUGUGCCAGGACUGAGCGCAACGAAGUCCAUCGGAGGACUCACAUUUACACAGGUGCUUCGAAAAGAAUGUACUACUAGUUUUUGUUUUUGGGAAACCAUGGAAAUAU